CCGCGGGGAAGACGCCCACAGCAGGCGUUUUGUCUAUCCCGGUGGAUCCGCAGCUCGCGCUCUCCCGAAACUCGAGUCGCCAGAGAAGCAUCAUGGGCUUCGGGAAGUCCUCCCCCUUCCUGGCUUUCAGCAUCUUGGUCCUGUGCCAGGCAGGCAGUCUCCAGGCGACACCACUCAGGUCUGCUUUGGAGACGCUCCCAGAUCCUGGGGCACUCAGUGAGAAGGAAGGGCGCCUCCUGCUGGCUGCACUGGUGAAGGCCUAUGUGCAGAGCAAGACCCGUGAGCUGGAGCAGGAGCAGGAGCAGGAGACAGAGGGCUCCAGCCUGGAUGGCUCCAGAGCUAAGCGGUGCAGUAAUCUGAGUACCUGUGUGCUGAGCGCGUACUGGAAGGACCUGAACAACUUUCAUAGAUUCUCUGGCAUGGGCUUCGGGCCUGAAACACCUGGCAAGAAAAGUGACAUAGCCAGCAGCUUGGAGAGGGACCGCUUCUCCCAUUUUGGGGUGCCCCAAGAUGCCAAGUGAACUCCUUCCACUCCUUCCUGAUUUCCUUUCUUGCUCCCAUGGAUGAAGUUAAUGCAUGCAGAUUUUACCUGGAUUGCUCUUCAAGCUGGUAUUGGUAGCUUUGCUUAUGACAAAGAAUGCUGGGGACCUCAGGAUGGAAAGAAAGAGAGCAGGACUCACAGACAAGGUUAGAGAUAAGAGAGAGAGGGAAGCUUCUGAGAUCCCAGAGAAUGUCAUGGCAGAGCCGUCCAAUUCCUGCUUCAUCCCUCAUGCCUCAUCAUUGAUGAAUAAACCUAUUUUCU